AUGGUUUUUGACAGUAUUGAAGAUGCUUGGAAAUUUUGGGUUGAUUAUGGUGGAAAAGUUGGAUUUGGAGUGAGGAAACAAUAUUCACACAAGAACAAAAAUGGUAUUAUUACUUCUUACAAGUUUGUUUGUUGUAAAGAAGGUUUGCGAAAACCAGAUAAACGAGAUUAUAAGACUAUAAAUCCGAGACCGGAGACUAGGAAAAAUUGUCAAUCAAGGUUAGGCAUAAAGAAUAUGGAUGGAAAAUUUAUGGUUGUUGAUUUUGUGGAGGAGCAUAACCAUAUUUUACAUCUACCAGAAACAACUCAUAUGUUGGCAUCUCAAAGAAAAAUAUCUCAAUUUCAAGGCCAACAAAUUGAUCUAGCAGAUGAUGCUAGACUACAACAAAGAAAAUCAUUUGAUUUAAUGAGUAAGGAAGUGGGAGGUAGAACUAAUUUGGGAUUUACUCGUCUUGAUCAAAAGAAUUAUCUCCGGAAAAAAAGGGAAACGGGUAUGAUACACGGGGAAGUUGGUUAUUUAUUGCAAUACUUUCGAAGAAAGUUGGUAGAAAAUCCAACCUUUUAUCAUGCAUACCAAAUGGAUGUUGAAGAUCAAAUCACUAAUGUGUUUUGGGCAGAUGCAAGUAUGGUGACUGAUUAUGAGUAUUUUGGUGAUGUAAUUUCUCUUGAUUCAACAUAUUGCACAAAUACUUCACAUAGGCCACUUGCCGUGUUCUCAGGAUUUAACCACCAUUGA